CUUUAAUUUAUUACGGCACGGCCUCGAAAUUUCUCUCCUUCUGAUUUAUCUUCCCUUUUUCUCAUACACAUUAGAAUGUGCGAAUUUACAUGUCAAUAUUCGACUAGUAUUAAUUCUCACUCAAAUCUGAUAUUCUCACUUCAUACAAUUUCUGUUGGCGCUUUUGGUAUUUAUACACCAUGGCACCUGGACGUAUCAGUCUCAGAGCUGGGCAAGAGUCAUGGGCCACCGAAGAACAAUGGGAGAAUGAUGGGGAGUACGAUGGGGAGUAUGAUGGGGAAUAUGAUGGGAAGUAUGAUGGGGAGUAUGAUGGAGAGUAUGACGCUGAAUGGGAUUCUAACGAUGAUGCCACUGACAGCUAUGCCACCGACGGUGAAUGGGACUCAAAAUCUGCAGAUGCGGAGGAAGCCUCUGCACCAGCAACUGAAGAGCCAGAAACUGUAGGGCCAAAAAAUGAAGAGCCAGCUCCAGUGUCCACCAAAGAAGCUCCAGGUAACCCAGGCAACCCAGGCACGUUGUUGGUCGACGAAGAAGCUUCGCUACCAAAUGAGGAGAAUGACAGCGUUACCAACUUCGACUCAUUUGAUGCUGAUAAAACGCCGCAGCAAGCACAUCAGGCUGGGGAUGAGCCGGUUGAUCCGCAAGUUCCACAAGAAGAAAAGCCAAAAUUGACACCAGAAGAGCAAGCUAUGAAAGAUAGAGAAUCAUGGCAAUUGGCGGUUGCCGACCGCAAAGAAAGACUCCGAGAGGGUCAAAUGGCCAAAAACGAUAGGGCGCGCAAGUUGUUUGAUAUUUUCCAGAAAGACCGUAAGGAGGAAAAACUCAAGACGCCCAAAAAAGUCGUUGCUGUGAAGUCUAGCAGAUAUAAGAACCGCAUCAACAAUAGAGGAUUAGUUGGUGAGCUUGGAAAGAAGGUUGCGGGUAAGGUUGCGGAUGUGGUGGCAGAAAAGUUGGCGGAAAGGCUGGCAAGUAAGAAGGCAGGGGCAGAGGAAAAUAAAGAGGAGAUAACAGAUAAGAAGCCAGGGGAAGAAGUUCUCACUGCAUCUGGAUCUUCCAAUAACUUCGUUGAUCAAACCUUCAUGGACAACCUGAUGAAAGCCAUCGAGGGCCCAAAUCUCCCAGUCAUGGAAGGCUUGCCUGGUGUGACCAGCUACGACGAGGAUGCACCAAGCAACCCCGAGGACCCACGCCGAAUCCACAGAGUCCUUAAGGUCGUUUUGGGCAGCGAGCUCUUCGAGGAGCUUAGCGAACUUUCCUUAGACGACUACGAAGCCCAGGACCAAGCUGCUCGCGAGCAGCUCGUGAAUAAAGUUGUCUUUACCGUGAAGGGGAACCCGGCUACUGAGAAGAUCAAGAUCGAACUCCUGGAGGGGCUGCCUGGACUUGGAGACUGUGGAGUCCCUCUUCCUCUCAGAAAGCCCGUGGCUAAUCCGGUCGAUCCUUGCGAACUUGCUGAGCUAUGUGCGCCUGAUAUUCCUUGCCCUGCGGCCGGCUUGUGCCGGAAGGCGAACGCUCACGGGGCAGAUAAGGAUACCACCUCGACAAGCACUGCCACAGACAUCACGUCUGAUGGUGCUGAGCGUAAAGUAUCUCCAAUGUUGACACUUCUCAGGCUAUUCAGAGCUGUCAGAUUGUCUCCCGGGGCACCCAAAGAACCCAAACGAAAGACCUAUGAGGGGUUCCGUGGAAUUGGAAAACGCGAUGUAGGUGGAUUCGAAGCCUACAUGGCCGACCUCAACAAUGCUUGCAGCUUCAAUAUGCGAGAAGGUCGUAAGGAGGUUGUUGGAGCUCCUCGAAAAUUAAGUCCCAACUUCAAGACCGUGGAGCACAACAGAACUGGGGCAGGUGCCACCCGUAAACCACUAGGGAAUGAUGAAAAAGAGGAAGGUGCCUCCCUGGAAUCUGAAGAUGGUGAGGAAGGUGCGGAGGACGACUCGUAUGGAGAAGACAAGGAAGGCGCGGAGGGUGAAUCAGGUGACAAAAAUGAGGAUACGCCUGCUUCUGACAAAUCAACUGCUCGCCACGGCAACCAUAACGGAUGGUUCCCAUCUAUCGUCUACCGCCGGUCGGUCGAACCUGCCGAAGAUGACGUGCCAGCCGUGUCAGAUGCUCCAUCCGUGCCUGCCGCCAUUGUGGCCCCAAUCGAGUCUGUCGUCCCUUCCCCUUUCAGCGAAAACGCCGUGGACGACCUUAUUGCAGAGACUAUUACUGUAGCAUCGCUUGGGCCAGCUCUACCGCCUUCCACCACCCCUGAGUCAGUUUUUGGCAUUACACGGUCCACCGCUACAGCUACAUCAACGGAAGGAAUAAUUGAAGGGUCGGAGCCAGUUACCACAGAAGCUGAUUCCGGUGCGACAGGCCCAAUCACCACCGACGCCGUCCCCGCCAAAGAGCGCGAAAUGGCCUACAAGGCCGUCAAACCGAAGAACACGCAAACCAUGAGCAAAGAAGCCUCAUCCUGGGACAAGAAGCAGCGCCAAAGAGCGCGCCGCAUCAAAAAAGAGCGUGAGGCCCGUGCCCGCGCCCUCCGUCGCAUAAAAUUUGCCAAGAAGCUUGAGGCGAAACGCGCACGCCAAGCCGCUGAUCGCGCCGCCUUCCUCGAGGAGAUCGAUUAUCAACCUCCAACUCCACCUCAGUACAGCAAGCGCGCGCCGCCAUCGCCAUUGGAGCAUGCGCCAGCGUGGACAGGGCAGGGGGUCAAGGAGGAAGAGCAAAGAUGGCGGGCUGGGGAGGGAGGGGUGAGCGCUGCGGAUCGCGAGGAUGCUGCGCGGGAGAUUGUGAAGGUUGCGAAGUUGAGGGAGGCGGAGAGACAGAAGGGUGUUGAGGAUGCGGCGGCGAGAGCAAGGGUGGCGGCUCAGGAUGAUGGGAUUGGUAACCCGUAUUUGGAUCACAAGUCGUAUGACCCGGCUCAGGCGCAUGUUGAUGAGGCGACCGGGGCUCGGUUCCCGUACAAAGGUGUUGGAGAUGCGACGCCAGAGUUGGGGAAUGUGGGGGUUGUGGUGGUGAUUUUGGUGUGGAUUGUGUUGAUGGUUGCGAUUUUGAGAUGUCAGGGGCGCAGGGGCGAUGGAUCGCCGAACUGGGCAAGAGAGCGUCGUGGACGGGGGUUCUUGAGGCAGGGCAGGAAGAAGAGGCAGAGUGAGGAGCAGGAGAGGGAGAAGUUGGAUGUUUAGUGGCGGAUGUGAUGAUUUUGUUAGGUUUUGGAUAGGGCCGUCGAGCCCGCUGGCGUCGUUGGUACACGCGUUGCUAUCCUCAGGGUCGUCCAACCCGCAUCGAGGUCAUCUUCUCUUCUGUAAUGGACCGUCAAUGCUUUCAGAUCAUCAUUUCAUCUAGGUCGUCGAAUGUUCACUUCAACUUGGUUUAAUAGAAUGGGAGUGUCUUGAAAUUGACUCUGAUUAAUUA